UUUUGUUGUGUCUGCUGUUUGCUGCUGAUAACUUGAUAUUUCUCACUGUUUUUUUUUGGCAGCACUACCUGUGUCUAAUUUCCUACUCUACUUCCUUGUCAAUGUGGAUUAGUUUUCUUUAUUACAGUAAUUCCCGCCAAGGCACGUAGUCAGAAACCACCCGGAAAUCCGUCAGUAUCCAGCCAUGUUUUCAAAGCGGACCAGCUAUGUCAACGUUCUGGGUGACAACAACACUCUGUUGUAUGGCCGUGUGGUGGACGUGGCGGACAACGGGCUCUAUAUGGACCUACUGUGCUCCGGUCGUCGCCGCGAAUUCUUUCCUUUCCACAAACUCGCCUUGUCACAGCGCACUGAACGCACAUCACGCGAUUAUAGUGGGAUGUUGGACGGAGAGUCGGGGGAGGCGGUCUCUGUGGAAGUACUGCGCCGUGAUGAUUCUAGCGGUGCAUGGCGCUGGUGGCCCGGGAAAGUGAUGGCGCGGCAGGCGCCGGGCCCAUUAUUCUGGCGUACGUACUGGGUAUGCUGCAGUGUGGCGGUCGUCCAGGGGGAGGAGGACAUGGCCGUCACGGAAGACCGACCCGCCGUCACCUGGACGGAAAUCUUCUCUAAGCACCGCAUCCGCUGGCCCGUGCCGAGCACUUGGUGGACGAUGGAGCACCAUAAUGGUGCAAUGGUGCCGAAUACGACGCUGCCGCUGCGUAUUGAACAGGGACGAUUUGUCAAGCGCAGUAUGCCGUUGCCGGACGACUGUCGUGGGGCGUCAAAAGCACACCUGCAACGGGUGAUGGAGGAAGAAAAAGCCUUCAAAGGUCAGGUGGACUGCAUCGAUGUCAUGGAUGCGCAGCUGCAGUACAUUGUGCUGCUGGACGAUGGGGUCGUGCUUCCGCUGCCUGAAGAUGCGAGGCAGGAAAUAAUUCAGCCAUUACAUAAUGUAUUGAUUCAGCGCCUCCCCGGCAUCCUGCUUGAAGCCACGGCACCGGUUGAACGCAGGCUUGUUGACGAAUCGCGUGCGCUGGGAGCCGAUGAGUGGCUACAUGUGUUCUCCAAUGUGGACACGAUGACGCAGACCGGGCUGCGCGCGGUAUGCCCUUUGUGGAACUCUAUUCUGGAUGCUCCUACUUUGGCCACCAACAUUAUUGUUGAGACGAGCGUUGGCAUCGGGAAUCCACUGGAGCGGCAACGCAGUGACUAUGAACUAACGGCGCCCAUUGUCAAGUUUCUGUGCUCCUCAACUAAGAACAUUAUCGUUCGCAGCUUUGGUAGAAUCCGGGCGACGGAUACAACUUUGGGGGAGUUUUUCACCGUGUUGGACGUCAUCCACCAAAUGGCGAAGGCUCGGCCCGGGAUCCACCUGAAUGCGCUCUAUGUGGUGGGAUUCUCCAAUUUGGUCUUAGAUCAACGCGAUGGGCCGGAGAACGUGACGCAUGAAAGCUGCACAGUGCAUAACCCGGACAGCGUGGAUGGUAAACGGAUUGUUUCCUAUGGUUGCUUGGAUGAUUUCAUUGCAGCUUAUUGUGGUCUGCCGUGUAAUACCAUCCAUCUGGUCCGGUUCAACAUGAACCUGCAGUACGAGCUGAUGCGCUAUGCUCGAGAACCUAUGCAGCUAAACGUCGUCAUCCCCAGGGCGCGUGUGCCGCUGAACGGUAACUGCGCGUCUGCAGUGUGGGAAGCGUUGGAGGCGACGCUGCCGGCACCAAGUAGGAAUGAGUUGCGGGCGCUGUCAAAGUGGUUAGCGGAGAUCCUGGCGGGGAAUGACGGUUGGCACUGGGUGCAUCGCAAUGGAGUUUGCAAAAAUUGCCGGUGGCAGCAGUGCUAUGCGGACCUCGUCAUACUUUGCGGGUUCCUCUCUGUGGUCGGAUUUUCAAGGGAUUCCUAAGCGUUCGGGCUGUGUGCAUCUUGGCAGAUGCUGUCGCGGUAGAUUUUGAAGGAUGUAAACAUCUUUCUCCUUGUCGUCCUUUACACAACAAACACUUGAUGUCGCUUAAUUUCAUCAGGGGAAUUUCCUUCGCACGAAAGUUGCAGUUAUUUUGUUGUUACAGAAUCAGACAGUUGUAGUUAUUUUAUUUUUACAGGUAUUUUGUUUUUACAGUGACAUAUAGUUUUUGGUUAAUAUGCCAAAUAGUGACAUACAGUUAUAUAGCGUUUUUUGGAUAUUACAUGUAUGCAUUUCGUGCCUGUCCGUCAAACACACCUUCGGUUCCUAGAUUCUGAACUUAACUUUCUAAGUGUCUUGAUUUUUCUGAAUGGUUAGGUUAUCACAGUCCAGAUGGCAUGAAAUUCCCUUCACUCUUGUGCGAGUUUACUACCGUGUCGCUUUUUCAUACGGUACUCGGGUAGAAAAUCGCAGGUGUGCAGUUUUUACGUAUUUGGAAACUUUGGUAUGUUGAAACGAACAGCGAGAGAAUUAGUGCAUAACACUCGCAGUCUAUUGUUGUUAGUCUAGAUUCGUCUAGGUUCGCUCGCUUAUAGUCUACAUCUACUCA